AUGCAGUCAGUCCGAAUCGUGCUUCUUGUAGCCUUGAUUGCACUUCAAGCAAGCGCUGAUAAUAUGUUCAAUGAAUACUUCAAGAGGGGAAUGUACGAAUGUGCAUUGGAUUAUUUGAAGGAUAUUCAAGAAAUUCACCGUUAUGUUCAGAAGGCUGCAGCACGACAAGACGAGUGCCGAAAGAAGGCUUCUCUUACUGACAAAACUUUUCCAAAGACAAAUAUCGCACCUCUAGACGAAUACAUAGAGAAAAUGAAGCAAGAGGAAGAGGAAGAGGUGGAAGAAACAAAAACAAAACGCCAAAAUAGGGCCAAGAGAACGUUAUGA